AUGCAAAGGUCCGGCACAGGGAGGGAAGCAGGUGGGACGAAGCGAGACUCAGAAUGCGCACCUAGUUCGCUGGGCCGGAGGGAAGACGACGCCGUCUUCGGUUCGUUCGCCAACGUCGGAGCUGCGGCGACCGUGAAUCGGAACCGGCUGGAGGAGUUGAGGACCUCCGACGGCCUUCAACGUUGUCCGGCGACACUCCGGCAAGCAAUCCGUCGGACCUCUCUCUCUCGAACUCCCUUUCUCCAACUCUCUCGGGCUCUCUCUAGACUGCCCGUGCCCGUCCUCGCCACGUCAGCGUUGAAGCAGGGAGACUGUGACCUAGAGAGAGUUGGAGAAAGGGAGUUCGAGAGAGAGAGGUCCGACGGAGUGUCGCCGGACAACGUUGAAGGCCGUGUCGGAGCUAGUCAACCCCUCCAGCCGGUUCCGAUUCACGGCCGCCGCAGCUCCGACGUUGGCCAACGAAGCGAAGACGGCAUCGUCUUCUGUCCGAUCCGGCCCAGCGAACUAGGGGCACGUUCAAGGUCUCGCUUCGUCCCUGUGCCGGAGUGCCGCCGGAGCAUCGCCGGAGAAUCGCCGGAGUGUGGACUGCCCUCACUUUUCUACACCAGAUACAAGGGUCAUCUUCCUACAUCAAACACCUUCAACAAUCUUCUGUGCUUGCUCAUUAGGUCAAACUGUUUCGAUAAAGCUUGGUGGGUUUUUAACCAAUUCAAGAUUAAAGUUGUUAUGGAUGUCUACACAUUUGGGAUUAUGAUCAAGGGUUGUUGUGAGGUUGGUGACUUAAUGAAAGGGUUUCGGCUUGUGACCAUGUUGGAGGAGUUUGGUUUGUCUCCUAAUGUUGUUAUAUACACUACGUUGAUUGACGGGUGCUGCAAGAAUGGAGAUGUCAUGCUGGCGAAGAAGUUGUUUUGCAAGAUGGAUAGGUUGGGUGUAGUUGCUAAUCAACAUACUUAUAGUGUCUUAAUGAACGGGUUUUUCAAACAAGGACUUCAAAGGGAAGGGUUUCAAAUGUAUGAGAAUAUGAAGCAAAGUGGAAUAGUGCCAAAUGUUUAUUCCUAUAGCUGUGUGAUUGGAGAAUAUUGUAAUGGUGGGAUGGUGGAUAAAGCUUUUAAGGUGUUUGGUGAAAUGCGUGAGAAAGGUGUUAUGUGUGGGGUUAUGACAUAUAACAUUUUAAUAGGUGGGCUGUGUCGAGGGAAGAAGUUCGGUGAAGCAAUAAAGUUAGUUCAUCGAUUGAGCAAAGUUGGCCUCAGUCCUAACAUUGUUACAUACAAUAUACUGAUCAACGGUUUUUGUGGUGUUAGAAAAAUAGACACUGCUGCUAGAUUAUUCAGUCAAUUGAAGUCAAAUGGACUUUCACCAACUUUAGUAACCUAUAAUACUCUGAUUGCAGGGUAUUGUAAGGUUGAGAAUUUAACAGGAGCUCUUAGCUUGGUCAAGGAAAUGGAAGAGAGAUGUUUUGCUCCUUCCAAAGUGAGAUAUACCAUUCUGAUUGAUGCUUUUGCAAGACUAAAUCAUAUGGAAAAAGCACGCAAAAUGCAUGCUUUAAUGGAGAAGUCUGGUUUGGUUCCAGACGCAGACAUGUUUUAA